AUGUUUUUCUCCUAUGGGCGUGAGGAUCACCGCUCCCCUCCAGUGUAUGCUCCAAAGCUUCUCUCUGUGUCAGUGAGUCCCUCUGGUGAGAUAGUGGAGGGCAGUUCAGUGAAUCUGACCUGUAGCAGUGAUGCUAACCCAGCAGCUAAUUACACCUGGUACAAGGAGAAUGAAGACUCACCAAAAGCUUCAGGACAGAUCUUCACCAUCACUGACCUCAGACCUGAACACAGUGGGAAUUAUUACUGUGAAGCCCAGAACACAAGAGGACGUCGUAACUCCACCUUAAAUCUGACUGUUGUAGCAGGUAAAUCAGUAUUAAUUAUGAACAUCAUCAGAUUGACUCUGGUGGUCCUGAUGCUGAUUCCACUGGUCGUCUUGAGUCUGUGGACGAGGAAGAAGAAGAAAACUCUGAAUUUAAACUCUGAACCAAAUGAAGCUGUAGAGAUGAUGGAGGUAGACUCUUGUCCUGGUUAUGAGAACAGCACCACUGCAGCACAGACACAAGACACAGAGGAGCAGGAAGACCUGGUGUGAAGUUACAGUCAGAUGAUGUUGAAGCAAAGGUGGGACUCACCUGGUGGAAACACGAAGUAGAACAACAUUGAUUUCAGCUUUAAAGAUUUUUCUGUUAAUUUUCUACUUAUUAUUUUAUUUAGCAGCUAUGAAGACAGAUAAAGUUUCAAUCUGUUCUUUUGUUCUGAUUGAUUUUCCUCAGUUUUGUCUCUAUGUGGAUGAAAUGUGCCACUGUGCAGUUAGUAUUUUUAUUAGUAUUCAGGAUGUUACUGAUAUGAAGAUGCAACGACACAGUUUAUAUUGAAGAGGACCUUAUCUUAUAUUUGAGCUGUCAGUCUCCAGGAUCUCUAAUGAAAUAAAAAUGGAUUGUAGUUCACUAAAUGUGAAGUCUUUUCAGAAUAAAAGCCCAUCAUUGAUCGCUUGGGCAACACUCUUAAUUAUAAUUUUAAGAAUUUGCCAGUGCAAUAUUUCUAAGAUUUAAUUCAGCAGUAUAAACCAAUGACAUGUCCUGAACUUAA